AUGGAUUUGAACAAGACUACUUCAACCCUCCCACGCGACCACACUACCAACUCCCAAGUCAUGUUCCGGCCUCCCAUCAAUCGCGCAAUGCGCGUACUAGAUCGAUCGUUCUUCAAAAGAACAAUACCUCUUGCCGCUGCGACGGUGUUCGACCCGAAAAAUCUUGGAGGAAUCAAAGAGCAGCUGUCAAAAAGCAAGGAUAUACUGAACGCUCCUCGAUUAAUGGCUAUCCGGCCUGUCCAGAACCCCGCUACAGAAGAGGAUAAGAACAAGAAGUGUAUCUUGCUGAAGGAAAAGAUACAGGCUAAUGACAUAACUACGUGGUCUCCGACGAUACGGCAGUUAGUGGAAGCUAAGUCUAUGGAGUUGAAGCCGUACGACCUUCACCUCGACUAUGACUACUGGCUCUAUCACGAUAUCCUUGCAUCGAUAUUACCAGAAGAACAGCUUGAAGAGACUCCCGCUGGUUUCAAUCAAGUUGGCCAUAUUGCGCACCUUAACCUUCGAGAACAGUACCUUCCAUACAAGCUUUUAAUUGCCGAAGUCAUCAAGGAUAAAAACCCAACGGUUCGAACAGUUAUUAACAAAGUUGACGACGUUGGCGCAAACAGUCAAUACCGCACUUUCGCCUACGAACAUCUAGUUGGAGACAAGGACAUGAAUGUUAUCCAGCAUGAGCAAAACUGCGAGUUUGCAUUCGACUACUCUAAAGUUUACUGGAACUCGCGCCUGGGGAACGAACACGCCCAUCUCGUUGGUCGGUUUAAAGAGGGUGAAGCGGUAUGUGAUGUUAUGGCUGGCGUUGGGCCCUUUGCUCUUCCAGCCGGGAAGAAGAGAGUGUUUGUCUAUGCCAAUGACCUCAACCCUCACGGCUACGAGAAGAUGAAGGAAGGGAUCGCCCGAAACAAAGUUAGAGACUUCGUGAAGCCGCAUAACAUGGAUGGAAGUGAAUUUAUUGGACACGCUACCAGAGAGCUAUACACACUCGAGCACACGGUGAAGAUAUAUCCAAAAGUGAAACGCAGCCAGGCGCUGGUGAAGGCAAAGCUUAUUCCUGAAGUAUACGUCUGCCCGCCUACCUUUGAUCACUACGUCAUGAACCUCCCUGCCUCCGCGAUCGAAUUCCUCGAUGCCUUUAUUGGCGUGUAUGCUGGCAAGGAAUCUCUCUUCGCACCAUACACCGACCGUAAACGACCUCUCGUUCAUGUGUACUGUUUCUCCUCCAACAGCGAUGAUAACAUGAUCGAGUACGCGGAUAUUUGUCAGCGCAUUUCCGACAAACUGCAACACAAGAUAACUCCCGAAGAUAUGGUUGGUGGGACGGGCAACCAGGAGCUAGAACUUGAGAUCCGUGAUGUCAGGCUGGUUUCUCCCAACAAGCGGAUGUUCUGCGCAUCAUUCAGGCUUCCGGCGGAGGUUAUUUUCAAGGCCUGA